CAUAUAAAAGAGGCGAGGGCACCCGUGGAAACUUCAGUUCACCUUUCUGACUCCGACGAAACACAGCCAUGAGGAUCCAGGUCCUGGUUUUGGUCCUGGCGACCUGCGUCCUGGGCGCAAAACUUCCAUCCAGCUCCCACGACGAAUCAUCUGAGGUCUUGAGCCGAACAGUGUCUGUGAAGACCCCUCAGAGGGUUUCCAAUGUUAUUUCACAUUUCCUACCUGCCGACCACAGAUACGACGCUACAGGAUCUGUUCAGAUCAGCAGAGAAUCAGAGUCAUCUGGCAAAUCAUUAGUUGAUGAUGGUCCUAGGCCUGUACAAGUUGCUGCACCUGUUCGAUCAGCCCCUGCUCCUUCUUUGUCUAGGACUAUUAGCGUUAAAACCCCAGCGAGAUCUUCAAGUGUAAUUUCUCACUUUUCUCCAGCUGACCACAGGUAUGAAGCAACUGGCAGUGUUCAAAUUGGUACUGAAUCCUCUGCAAAGCCAAGAAUUGUCAGUGUCCCUAGCUCCCAAGCUCCUAGCUCCCAAAGGGCGGCUCCCUCUACUCCUGCCAUCAUUUCGGUAGCAUCUCCAAAGCCGGCGCCAAGAAGUCAAAAUGUUGGAGGUACUCAGAAGUCACUUGCACGCACCGUCUCUGUGAAGACACCAGACCGUGUAUCAAAUGUAAUAUCUCAUUUCACCCCUGCUGACCACAGAUAUGAUGCUACUGGUAGCGUUGUUAUUUCACAAAUUUCCUCCGGUUCACCAAGAUCUUCUGCACCUCAGCAUUCAGCACCUGUUCAGGUAGCUCUAAAGCCUGCUCCUGCCCCAGUACCUGCUCCUGCCCCAUUACCUGCUGCAGCUCCUGCUGUUAUCUCCAGGUCAAGUGCCAGUGUCUCAGCCAACACACAGAAAUCCCUUGCUCGUACUGUAUCAGUGAAAACUCCAGAACGUGUCUCGAGCGUCAUUUCUCAUUUUACUCCUGCAGAUCACAGGUACGAUGCCACCGGAAGUGUUAUCAUUAAUCAAGCUGCAUCCAGCUCAGCCAAACUUCCAGUGCGUCAAGUGCCAUCUCUUCCAAGAUCUCCCGUUAAACCACGUAUUCCUGCCCCAGCUCCAGCUGCCCCUGCUCCAGUUGCCCCAGCUCCAGUUGCCCCAGCUCCAGCUGUCCUUUUUCAAAGCCAAGCUAGUGAAGGAGCUAAAACUCAAAAAUCCCUUGCUCGCACCGUAUCAGUGAAAACACCAGAGCGUGUCUCAAGUGUGAUUUCACACUUUACUCCUGCUGAUCACAGAUAUGAUGCCACUGGGAGUGUUCUUAUUAACCAAGCCUCAUCCAGUUCUGCAAGAGCUUCUACACAUCGAUUUUCACAACCCAGAACACUUGUUAGUGUAGCUCCUGCUCCUGCUCCUUCUCCUCAACCCUCCAAACCAGCUCCAGCUCCUGUCGCCCCUUCCCAGCCACGUGCUAGUAGUACCUCAGCAGGCACUCAAAAAUCUCUUGCUCGUACUGUUUCAGUAAAGACACCCGAGCGUGUGUCAAGUGUAAUUUCUCACUUCACCCCAGCAGAUCACAGAUAUGAUGCUACAGGUAGUGUAGUCAUUAACCAAGCAUCUUCAAGUUCGGCAAAACUUUCUGCCCAACGAGCUUCACCCGCUCCAGUAGCACCUGUUGUUGCCAAGCCAGCACCUAUCAAAAAGGCAGUGGUUCCUGUUCCAUCUACUCUUACACGUACACAAGCUCCUGCUCCAGUUGCUAUUACCCAAGUGCAAUCUAGAACAGAAGCUAAAACACAAAAAUCUCUUGCUCGCACUGUAUCAGUGAAAACACCAGAUCGUGUUUCCGGCGUAAUAUCACAUUUCACUCCCGCUGACCACAGAUAUGAAGCUACGGGUAGUGUGUUAAUUAACCAAGCCUCAUCAAGCUCAGCAAAAACAGCAGCUCGAGUUCCUGCACCUGCACCUGCUCGUGUAACUUUUAAGCCUGCUCCUGCCCCAGUACCAGCUCCAGCUCCAGCUCCAGUGCCAGCACCAGCUCCAGCACCAGCUCCAGCUCCAGCACCAGCCCCUGCUGUUUCAGCCAUUUCACGAGCAAGUGUCUCAUCAGCUGGCACCCAAAAAUCACUUUCUCGUACUGUGUCAGUGAAGACCCCUGAUCGUGUCUCAAGUGUAAUUUCUCACUUCACACCAGCAGAUCACAGGUAUGAUGCUACUGGCAGUGUAAUCAUUAACCAGGCUUCUUCCAGCUCAGCAAAAGUUUCUCCUACUCGAGCUGCACCCCUUCCAAUUCCUGUACCUUCCCCAGCUCCCUCAGCUCCUAGACGAUCAUCUGUAAAGAAGACCCCAGCUCCUGCCCCAGUUGCUCCUCUCCAAGUAACUGCAAGUACUGGAACUGCCAGCCAGAAAUCCCUUGCUCGUACCGUAUCAGUAAAAACACCAGAACGUGUCUCAAGUGUUAUUUCCCACUUCACUCCUGCUGAUCACAGGUAUGAUGCCACUGGUAGUGUUGUAAUUAACCAGGCUACAUCCAGUUCAGGAAAAUCUUCUGCUGCUCGAUUUUCACCAGCUCCACUACCUGUUCGUGAAACCCCUGCAGCUGCUGUCCGUCGAGAUCCUGCCCCUGCCCCAGCCCCAGCCCCAGCCCCAGCCCCAGCCCCAGCCCCAGUUCCUGUUGUAGUUUCUACACGCCAACAGAGUGCUUCAUCCGGUGCUCAGAAAUCUCUUGCCCGAACUGUUUCUGUGAAAACUCCAGAUCGUCAAACAAAUGUAAUUUCCCAUUUCUUACCUGCAGACCAUCGUUACGAUGCCACAGGUAGUGUGAUAAUUAACCAAGGUUCAGGAUCAUCAUCUGUCAAGUCUUCCUCUUCAAGGUCUCAGGCUGCCUUUCUUGCACAAGCUUCCUCUUCAAGGUCUCAGGCCGCCUCUCUUUCACAAGCUUCAAGCGCAGCUUCAUCAUCAAGCUCAGGAUCUGGGUUAACAAGAACAGUCUCUGUUAAAACUCCAGAGAGAGAUUCUGAUGUUCAUUCCCACUUUACACCAGAUGAUCACAGUUUUGAGGCCUCUGGUAGUGUAACAAUCUCUGGUUCAUCUUCGUCUGCUGGUUCAUCUUUGUCUGCUGGCUCAUCAUCUGCUGGCUCAUCUUUGUCUGCAGGUUCAUCUUCAUCUGCUGGCUCAUCUUCAUCUGCUGGCUCAUCUUCCUCUGCUGGUUCAUCUUCGUCUGCUGGUUCAUCUUCGUCUGGAAGGGCAUUCACAAAAUCCUCCAGCGCUUCAAAUCGAGCAUCUUCUUUUAGACAGUCGUCAUCUGCCUCUUCAGAAGACCGUCAUUCAUCUUCUAGUGCAGCAGCCGCUAGUUCACAAUCCUCUUCUUCUUCAUCGGCUUUUCAAAGUGGUUCACACAGCAGGGCUGAUGGUUCCAGCUCUGGGUCCGGGUUUACGUCAUCUCAGUCUACAUCAUCAGGGUCCUUUCGACUAGCUCCAGUGGUAACACACGCCAGUUCAUCAUCUCUGUCCUCUGACCUUCAGGCUGAACUGGAAGCCUUCAGAGCAGAGGCUCGUGCAUCAGGCGCAGCAGUUGCUCAAGUGAGACAGGAAGAGGUUGACGAUGGGGUGCGGGACGAGUACUACUUCAACCUUUGCGUUGAGGACCACGAAAACACCAAUUACCAAUGUCGUGACGAGUGGGUAGGGGAAGAUGGCAUUACCCGUGGAUGGUACACGGUUCUCCUCCCCGAUGCCUACCUGUAUAACUACACCUACAUUGCCCACCCAGUCAAGGGAUACCAGGUCACAGUUACCCGCAGGGAUUCAGGCAUCGCUAUGAAGAAACUAAGGCCCGACAUCUUCGCUCCUGCCACAGUGUUCUCCAACAAGGGAAUCACCAGGUUUUCCGACUUUGCUGUUUCAGGGGUCAACAACCAAUUCGUUGAAUCCACAGCAAUGAACUUCGACCAGAAUUCAGCUGCCUUGUUUGCUGAUUCCUUUGCUGAAGCACUGAAAACUGAAAGGUCAUCAUCGUCCGGGUCCGUGCCAGCAAUGUCGAUGUCAAUGGGACCCGAAGCUCACGUUAAUGGCUUCUCUGUCAUCCGUGAUUCUGGUUCAUCUCACUCUUCCUCUUCAAGGUCACAGAGCCAGGGCUCAAGCUCCUCUGGCUCUGCCAAGAGCAUUUUUGCAUCAGGAGCAAGCAGCCAAAGAUUAAGCUCGUCUCAUUCUUUGUCUUCGUCAGCAUCCAGUUCAUCAGCUGCGGCCUCAGAACAAUCAAGCGCAUCUGGCAGUUCUGGUUCAAGAUCUUCCCAGUCAUCCCUUUCUAGAACAGUUUCAAUUAAGACUCCAGAGAGGGUGUCCUCCGUGAUAUCCCACUUUACCCCCAAUGAGCACCGUUUCGAUGCAACAGGAAGAGUGACAAUCAACCAAGCAUCUUCUGAAGAAUCAAGAGCACAAGAUUUCGGUUCUGCUGAGUUUCAAUCCUCUAGUUCAAGUUCAUCCCAGCAGGCCUCUGGAUCAUCAAGGUCAUCCCAGCAGGCGUCUGGAUCAUCAAGCUCAUCCCAACAAGCCUCUGCACCUGCCAGUUCAUCAAGCUCAUUCCAGUCCUCAUUGUCUCGCACUGUCUCAAUCAAAACUCCUGAGAGACAAUCCAGUGUUGUCUCCCAUUUCUUACCAGCCGAUCACAGGUUUGAAGCCACUGGGAGUGUAAACAUUAAUCAAAAAUCCUCCUCUUCAGCAUCAUCAAAAUCAUCACAAGCAUCAUUUGUUUCUGUGCCAGCUGCUCCUGCCCCUGCACCAUCCUCAGUACAGCUUCCAGUAUCUCAAGCUGUUUCCUCGGGAUCCCAAUCUUCUCUUAGUAGAACUGUAUCAAUCAAAACUCCAGAGAGAGUUUCAAGCGUAAUAUCACACUUUACCCCAGCAGAUCACAGGUAUGAAGCAACUGGAUCUGUUCAUAUCAAUCAAGGUUCAAGAUCUGCUUCUUCUGGUGCAGCAAGAGUGGUUCCUGCUGUUGCACCCCCUCAAAUCCGCAAAAUUGCAGUUCAAGCACCCGAAAGAGUGGCUCCAGCAGUUGUAAAAUCUGUGUCACAGAAAAAACAAUCAUUUUCUUCCGAUGAAAAAUCUCUAAGACGUACAGUCUCGGUGAAAACCCCUGAGAGACAAUCCAGCGUUAUCUCCCACUUCACACCAGCUGACCACAGGUAUGAGGCUACGGGAUCCGUUGCCAUAAACAGCGGUUCUUCUGGAUCACGAAAAUCUGUUGAUACAUUUGUGGGUAAGAUCACCACAACCAGCAAUCCCGCUCCUGUAUCUGCCCCUAGAUCUGAACCUGCCCCUGCCCCUGCCCCUGCCCCUGCCCCUGCCCCUGCCCGCAGUCAACCAAUUGCAGCAGCUCUUUCAUCUAAUGCAAAGUCAAUCUCCUCAUCAUCUAGGGCCCAGUCAUCACUGUCACGUACUGUCUCAGUAAAAACCCCCGAAAGAGUUUCCAGUGUAAUCUCUCAUUUCACUCCUGCUGACCACAGAUAUGAAGCAACUGGAUCUGUCGUUAUCAACCAAGAAUCUCAAACACCAAGACGUCUGAUAGUUCAAGAACCUGUUGUUCGGGCUCCUCAGCCUGCCAUCGUAAGAGCUCCAGUACAGGUCCAAGCCCCGGCACCACAGGCCGAGUCCCAAUUAUCUCUCUCCCGCACAGUUUCUAUCAAAACCCCUGAAAGAGCUUCCAGCGUAAUUUCCCACUUUAAUCCAGCUGAUCACAGGUAUGAAGCAACAGGCAGCGUUGUCAUCAGCAAAGGCUCUCGAAAUGCUCCCACAGUACCAGCACCUGCAGUUCCAGCUGCUCCCAUUAGAGCUAAAUCCAUCGCUGCUCCCAAGCCAGUAGCCCCAGCUCCAGCUCCAGCUCCAGCCCCAGCCCCAGCCCUAGCUCCCCGUAAACCAUCACAAGUAUCUCUCUCGCGUACUGUUUCUGUGAAGUCGCCGGAGAGAGUUUCAAAUGUGAUCUCCCAUUUCACGCCUGCAGUCCACCGCUACGAGGCCACUGGAUCCGUUACUAUCAAUAGGUCAAACGAAUGAAUAUGUACAUAAUUAGUAGUCCUUGCGUGCCAAAUUUUCCCGUCUUGUAGCUUGGGAGCCUGGGUUUAGGAAGAAGCCUGUGCUUAUAUUUAUUUGUGAGUACUUAGGAGGUGCUAAGAUGCCAAUCUGGAAGUAGUUUCUGCGCGUAAUAAUAGAUGUUGUAUAGUUGUCAAGAUAGUACGAUGUAAAAAAUAUAUAUAAUUCACUCUACUGUAAAUAGUAUCUUAAGUUGUUACAGUCUACCAUCCCCUAACAUAGUUCGUUCCUGCGCAAAUAUGGCGAAAGAUUCUCGACGUCUUCACAUUAACACUUUAUUUAUUCCCUAUUUAUACUAUUUAAAUUUCUGGAACUGACCACAUACCUAAGUUUACUCUCUAUCAAGCAGUAUUUGAAAUGUACUUCUACAUAUGUAUUCUAGGCUAUAUGCUGUAAGUAAAACUAGUAUUAAACAAGUGAGGUGCUGACUGAGGUCGCCAAUAUUGAGACAGAACUGAAAUAAAGAAAAUCAUUGGCUUUAUUAAA